CUGUCGGAAAUCAUUUCGAGUCCAACAUUACAAUGUCAACAGGAAACCGAAACUGCCAUACGAACAUGGCUUUUCGAACUCAAGUCCAUGCAGACUGACCCUCCUGAAGGCAUCACAGCUGAACCUGUUGACGACGACCUUUACCACUGGGAGGCUACUAUCUUGGGCCCAGCAGAUACUGUGUAUGCGGGGGGUAAAUUUAAACUGGACAUUAAAUUUCCAGUUGACUACCCAUUCAAGCCACUAAAGAUUCAAUUCAAGACAAAGAUUUACCACAUCAAUAUCAGUCUGAACGGUAACAUAUGUGUGGACAUUCUUCAGGAUAAGUGGUCAUCUGUCAUCACGGCAGCAAAGGUGUUGCUGUCUGUGAGUUCACUUCUGUCAGAUCCAAACCCUAACCAUCCACUGAUGCCAGACCUUGCUCAGCUCUACGUAACAAAUCGUCAACAAUACGAUUCCAACGCUCGACAGUGGACAAAAGACUAUGCUAUGUGACCCUGUUGUGUCUACUUCAAUGUUUAAAACUAUGGAAUUAUCAGACAAGUGACUGUGAUGGUGUGGUGAGUCAUUUACUCACCUGUUUUAAUGAGUCAUUAGCUCACCUGGUGUAAGAGUCAUUAGCUCACCUGGCCUGGUAGCUUAAGCUGUUGUGCAGUGUCAUGUUCUUUCGUCAACAUUUUUUUUCAUGUUGAAGGUGUUUUCUAACAGUGCUCAAUCAGCAAAGUUGAGGAUCAGUUCUAAAGGCCAAACAAUGAAACAAAGUGCAUCUCUUUACCCCCAACAAUGAAGUUGGAGGAAAGGAAAAUACAUUUUUAUACUCACUGCAAUAAAGUUUGAGGAAUGAGAAAUCAAUUUUUAUACCCCCUACAAUAAAGUUUGAGGAGGAAGAAAUCAAUUUUUAUACCCCUACAAUAAAGUUUGAGGAAGGAGAAAUCAUUUUUUAUACUCCUACAAUAAAGUUUGAGGAAGGAGAAAUCAUUUUUUAUACUCCUACAAUAAAGUUUGAGGGAGGGAGGAAUGAUUUUUUUAAUCACUGUUUGAAUGUCUCUCGUCUUGUGCAGACAAUUCCUCUCUCAAGCUUAAGCUUGUUAACUACACAGUACUCGGGAAUCUUCUCAACCAUGUUUAGGUUGUUUUAAGUAGUUUUAUUUUAAGAGCAUGUCCUUUGAUCAGAAGCUCUUUGAUGACAAAGAUCUUGUCCAGACAACUCCACCUCGUAUUAUAACCAUUUAAGUUAAACAGGAAUGUACAUGUUUGACUGUCAUAAUAGCAUGGUCAUGACACCAACUGAAGGUUAGUGAUGGUUUUAUUUCUGUAUCAAAGUAAGAUAUAUAAAACAUGUGUAUCCAUUGUAAACAAUUCAAUAGUUCCAUGUACAUAGUACUUAGAUUGUAUUUUUUUCAAUAAAUGAUCAAAUCAA